AUGAGAGUUGGAACUAUAAUAACAGCUGUGUUAUCAUCCUUGGUGAUGGUCAGAGGUGAUGAAUCAAAUGAUUCAUUUCAAUCCAUACAAUUAUAUGUCAAAUCCCUUUCUGAUAAUCAUAUCGAACAAAUUGGAUCAAUUGAAUUCAAUCAAGAUAGAAAGAAAGGUCAAUUCAUUAGUCAAUCAGAUAAAGAUAUAAUAUUAAGUAAGGAUGUUGAUUAUUGUUUUGGUACUAAGGAUUUACUUAAUCAUGAUUGUUUUGGAUAUGUGGUUGGCAAUGAAGAUUCAUUAACGUCCAAGAAUUUCCAUAUUUUCAUAAAUGCAGAACUUAAUAUUGAUUAUAUAUCCGUUAAUCAUGAAAUAAGUGAUAAGACUGAUGUAAUUGUUCAUAAUGUGAUCAAAUCUCCUGUUCCAAAUUUAAAUGCUGAAGCUACUAAACAUCAACCUAAAGGUAAUCAAAAUGCAGGACCUAAAACAGAAAAAGUGAUUCAAACUAAGAAAGUGACGUUUAUAGAUGAAGAUGGUAAUGAAGUUGAAAGAGAAGUUGAAGAAGAAGUUGAAGUUGAAGUUGAUGAAAGAUCAUUUAUUCAAAAGAAUUGGAUGUAUAUUGUUCCUACAUUGUUACUUUUCUUAGUGAUGAGUGGAGAUGAAAAGAAGGAAUAG